AUGAGGAUCCAAUGGAUUUUUAACUCUCUUAAAGCUGCCUGGUGGGGUGGUUGGUGGGAGCGGAUAGUUCAGAUGAUUAAGAAUCUUUUAAGAAGAUUACUAGGAAAAGCCUCCUUAAAAUAUGAGGAAAUGUACACUGUUUUGUAUGAUACGGAAGUGGUCAUCAAUUGUCGACCCUUAACGUACUUAUUCGAAGAUGCACAAGAUUUAAUGCCGUUAACACCUUCCAUGCUUCUUCAAGAUAAUAAGACAAUAAGAGUACCAGACUUAGAUAACUUGGACAAUAUUAAUUUGACCAAAAGAUACCGGCAUCAACAAAAGCUAUGGCAAGAGUUAAGAAGAAGAAUUAGGAAAGAAUAUUUAGGUCUUUUAAUUCAGCAGAAUAUCAAUAAGAACAGUCUGAAACAGAUAAGUGUCGGUGAAGUUGUUCUGGUUGGAUGUGAUAAUAAAAAACGAAUAUUCUGGCCUUUGGUUAUAGUCACGGAGCUCUUUCCUGGAAAGAACAAUCAUGUGAGAGUAGUGAAAGUACAAACAGAAGUAGGAGAACUCAUACGCCCUGUCCAACGGUUAUACCCUUUCGAGAUUACUAAUCUGAACAUUUUACUUAGAGCUAAAGAACUUGAACGAAAUUUCGAGCCAACUGUUUCUCAUAAAGUCAAACCUUCUCGUUAUAAGUGA